CGGCGCCGCUGAGGGGCCCCGGCCCUCUCUCCCCGGCGGCAGCAGUGGCGGCGGCGGCGUCUCCCCCGGUGCAAUAUGUUCAAGAGAAUGGCCGAAUUUGGGCCUGACUCCGGCGGGAGAGUGAAGGGGGUUACUAUUGUUAAACCUAUAGUUUAUGGUAAUGUUGCUCGUUAUUUUGGAAAGAAAAGAGAAGAAGAUGGUCAUACUCAUCAGUGGACGGUAUAUGUAAAGCCAUACAGGAAUGAGGAUAUGUCAGCAUAUGUGAAGAAAAUCCAGUUUAAAUUGCAUGAAAGCUAUGGUAAUCCUUUAAGAGUUGUUACUAAGCCACCAUAUGAGAUUACAGAAACAGGUUGGGGCGAAUUUGAAAUAAUCAUCAAAAUAUUUUUCAUUGAUCCUAAUGAAAGACCUGUAACACUUUAUCACUUAUUAAAGCUGUUUCAGUCAGACACCAAUGCAAUGCUGGGGAAAAAGACUGUGGUUUCUGAGUUCUAUGAUGAAAUGAUAUUUCAAGAUCCAACAGCAAUGAUGCAACAGUUAUUAACAACAUCUCGCCAGCUAACCUUAGGAGCCUAUAAGCAUGAAACAGAAUUUGCUGAACUUGAAGUAAAAACCAGGGAAAAGUUAGAAGCUGCCAAGAAAAAAACAAGCUUUGAAAUUGCUGAACUUAAAGAGAGAUUAAAAGCAAGUCGUGAAACUAUCAAUUGUUUAAAAAAUGAAAUCAGGAAGCUUGAAGAAGAUGAUCAGACUAAGGAGAUAUGAAAGAAAAAUCUCACGAGGACUUAGUAGGGAAGCAACUGAAAAAGAGAGUGCAUUUUGUGAAAUGGACUAGGUGCUAUUAUGUUUCUUAAAGGAAGUUCAGUAUAAUUGUCUGUCUUGGGCUUCUCAGCAAAGACUCCAAGGAUUUGUACCUCUUAAAGAAUUUGAAUGUAAAAUCUGCAUAUGUAAUUAUAAAUGCGUUGUACAGGCAUUUUGCUAAUCCAACGAGGGCAUUUCUAUGACUUUUAAGCACAACCUCUGGUUUAUUGUUGUUGUUUUUAAUUGCAUUGUGUAGAAAGCUAGAUAACUUUCGUGAGAAAUUUUCACUGUAAGGUAUAGCUUUUGCACAAAUUUUGUAUUUUUUCAGAAUGUAGAAUUAGGGUUUUAAAAAAUGGACUUGCCCAUUUAACUGCUUCCAGUAGGCUCAGACGUAUAUUGUAUGUGCUACAGAGAUGUCACCCACAGAAAUGAACCUUUCCUCACCUGUAGUGAUUCUUCCGCGUGAAGCCUCUUCGACCUUAGAACACUGAAAACCAUGGAGCCACAUUGGCCACCAGUGGAUCAGUAUUGGAUUUUAGAAGUAUGAGGGACGUUGCGGAUGUAAACGGUAUAGCUCCAAGGACACCUGGGAAAAUGUUCAUUCCCAGUGGACAGUGCUGAAAGUUUACUUUUUUUCACCUUCUAGGUUUUGAAGGGAGUUUUUCUAUUCUGUCUCAUGGGUUAAGUCAGACUAGCCAGUGCAGCCCUGCAGGCGUCUCUUCAGGGAAUUGUCAGUGUGUUGGUUCCUGUUUUGGGAAUAAGGACUGCGCCUGUGAUUUCGUUGGUAUUGGAAACUCCCUGGUUAGGAAACUUUCUGCCAAAGCAGGUGGGCAUCCUUUCUGCAAUUUAUAGUCUGAGAGUUGCCUCGAGCACCAGGAAGUUGAGUGACUUGCCCAGGAUCACAGCCAGUGUGUGUCAGGGAUGGGGUUGGAACCUGGGCCUCUCCGCUGGGCCACAAUGCCUUUCAUUUACUUAGGCAUAGUCUUGGGAGGCUGAAGAACAUACUUCCAUGUUUGAAUAUAGUUUGUAAAUAAAUAUUUGAAGAUAAAAUAAAUCUUGAUGGAUUCAUUUAAAA